AUGUUCUUGUUCACAGAUCACACCAUCCAGUCUGUUUUCUGCUGCUGCUGCUGCUCAGUGCAAGAAAGAGAAAUGAGAACAAAAGUGAACCUGGAGCCUGACACUGUCCUGGUGACCCAGUACUCUGCCUCACAACCAGAUGUUUCCUAUGAAUCUAUUUGGAAGUGUGGGCACAAGAGACAAUUGCAAUUUAAGGACAAGCCAUUACCUCCUCUGCCUCCUGAGGCCUUUGAAGACGACACGGACAAACCCAGAGUUAUUGCACUCUAUGACUUCUUUGCUAGAGGGCCUUUAGAUUUACCUCUCAAGAAAUCAGAAGAAUACAUUAUCCUGGAACAGUAUGAUCCCCUCUGGUGGAAGGCAAGAGACCAACAUGGGAAUGAAGGUCUAAUUCCCAGCAACUAUGUUACAGAGAAGAAAAGCAAUUUAGAAACAUACAAGUGGUACUGCAGAAACAUGAACAGAAGCCAGGCAGAACUUCUUUUGCACCAGAAGCCCAAAGAAGGUGCCUUUGUUGUCAGGGAUUCAAGCCGGCAGGGUCUUCUUACGCUGUCCAUGUAUUCGCGGGCUAAGGGAAGUCAUAAUGGAAAUAUUCUACAUUAUCAAAUUAAACAAAAUCACUCAGGACAAUAUUAUGUAGCAGAAAACUAUGUCUUCUCAUCUGUUCCUGAACUCAUCAAGUAUCAUCAACACAACGCUGCAGGUCUCAUCACGCGUCUCCGACAUCCAGUGGGAUCAGAUGGAUGCACCUCACCAGAAACCGCAAGAUUGAGUUACGAGGAGUGGGGAUUAAACCCAUCUGAACUGCUGUUACUGAAAGAACUUGGGCGUGGGCAGUUUGGAGUUGUUUAUCUUGGUAAAUGGAAAGAGACUAUCAAGGUUGCCAUCAAAACAAUCAAUGAAGGCGCAAUGUCUGAAGAUGAUUUCAUAGAGGAGGCCAAACUGAUGAUGAAACUCUCCCACCCAAAGCUGGUCCAGCUGUAUGGAGUGUGCACACAUCACAAACCGCUCUACGUUGUGACUGAAUUCAUGGAAAAUGGUUGCCUGCUCAGUUACCUGCGGCAGAGGCGGGGGAAACUCGGCAGAGACGUUCUCCUGAGCAUGUGCCAGGACGUUUGUGAAGGGAUGGAAUAUCUGGAAAGAAACAGUUUUAUUCACCGUGAUUUGGCUGCAAGAAACUGUUUAGUCAAUGAGGACCACGUGGUUAAAGUAUCUGACUUUGGCAUGGCAAGAUAUGUCAUUGAUGAUGAAUAUAUCAGCUCUUCAGGUGCCAAGUUUCCAGUCAAAUGGUCAUCUCCUGAAGUCUUUCAUUUCAAAAAAUAUAGCAGCAAAUCAGAUGUCUGGUCAUUUGGUGUACUGAUGUGGGAAGUUUUCACAGAAGGCAAAAUGCCUUUUGAAACCAAGUCAAAUGCUGAAGUUGUCCGUGAGAUUUCUCAGGGUAACCGACUUUAUCGACCACAUUUGGCAUCACAUCCUGUGUACAAAGUCAUGUACAGCUGCUGGCAUGAGAAACCUGAAGGACGUCCUACUUUUGCAGAGUUAACAGUGACCCUCAGAAAUCUAACAGAGAUGACAUAA